AUGCAGCUGGAGGCCGAGACGAUGCAGAAUCUGGCCCAGCUCGAGGCGUCGGGCGCGCUGGACAACCUGCCGGUCUUCCCGGAUCAGCUGGCCUUGCUCCAGCCGGAUGCCGAGCACUUCGAUGACCCGCACAUGGGCGACGAGGAGGCCCUUUAUAGCGCAGUCCUUCGCGGGGCCUCCGGCUCCGGGUCUGGUGUGACGACGAGCGGCCCGGCUCCAGGGCCCGGUCCGGCGACCGGGGCCCAUCUGCUGGGCGCUGGUGUUGCGCCGGGACCGAUGGCCCCGGUCCCGCCGGCCGUGUCGAUGCCAGUGCCGGUGUCGAUGCCGGGGGCCGUGCGCAUGCCGAUGCCACACGGGCCGAUCCCCUACAUGGUGGCCAGCUCCUACCCGGGGCAGCCCAUUUACCCGGGGCACUUUGUGCCGAUGCCGACGCAUGGUCCGAUCCCCGGGCCCAUGCCGAAUGUCAUGGCUGGUGGUCCUGUUCCGCCGGUGGUUGUCGACAACAAGCCCAAGGUGUCGCUGGUGGUCAAGCGGAAGGAUCGCGAGGUGAUUGUUGUGAAGGAUGACAAGAAGACCUAUGAGUCUUCGGCCGCCCCGAGCGAUGCGGCCGAGGCUGCUGGCAGCCCUGCCGAGGUGCCCGCUGUCGAGGGUGCGGAGACCCCGGCUUCGGCCGCGGUGUCGCCGGCCCGGGCCAAGGCUGCCCCUCCGGCCGGCAUCACUGUCAGCAAGAGCUCGACCGCCUCGGCCGGUUCGGCUGAAGCCGCGCCGGUGGCCGAGCCGGUGGCCUCCGGGAUCCCGGUCCCGGCCAAGGCGGUGGCCUCCGGCCAUGAUAGUGACAAUGCGCCGGCCGGCCUUCCGAUCGAGGACGAGACUAAGGCCGAGGUCAAGGCCGAGGUCGAUCUCAAGACCGACGCCAAGGUCGAGGUUAAGUCCGUGAUUGAGGUUGAGCGCAAGCCCGAAGUUAAUGCCGAGCCCAAGACGGAGCUUAAGUCCGAGACUGAGGCCAAGUCUCAGGUGGAGGCCGAGCCCAAGCCCGAGCCCAAGCCCGAGCCCAAGCCCGAGCCCAAGCCCGAGCCCAAGCCCGAGCCCAAGCCCGAGCCCAAGCCCGAGCCCAAGGCCGAGCCGAAGACUGAGACCAAGGCCGAGCCGAAGACUGAGACCAAGCCCGAGCCAGACACUAAGCCCGCUGCUGAGGCCAAGACUGAGGCUGCCCCGGCGGAGAAGGCGGCGGCGGACGCCCUCAAGCCCGCGGCCGGUGCCGACGCCCCGAAGGCCCCGCCCAAGGUGAACACCAAGAUGCCGAGCUUUGUGCCGCGCCGUCGUCAGGCCCCGGUUGAUGAGGCCUCGACUGCGGAUACCUCCACGUCGUCGUCGACUCAGCAGCAGCCGCAGCCGCAGUCGCAGCCGCAGCCGCAGCCGCAGUCCUCCGGGCCAAAGUACUCGCAGCAGGGCGGCCGCGCGCACGGCGGCGGAGCCGGCGGCCGCACUGGAAACUACGCUCGGACGCGCGGCCCGGGUGGUCACCACGGUGGCCACCAUGGUGGCCAUCAUGGUGGCCAUCAUGGCGGCCCCGGGGGCGGGCCCGCGCACUAUCACCCUCACGGCCGGGGCUACCACUCGCCGAUGAUGUUCGCCGGGCCUGGGGCCCCUCCGAGUGGCCCGGUCCCGCAGGUGCCCUACGGCUAUGCGCAUCCUGGCUUCGACCAGGGGUUUGCCCAAGGGGGGCCGCCGCCGGGGGCGCCGGGGGCGCCGCUGCCGCAGCAGCACCUGGGUGACAUGCAUGCAGGCUUCCCGGCGGCGGCGGCGGCGGCAGCUGGGAUGCCGCUCCACCCGGCCGGCCUGCACCACGCCCACCCACAUCCCUACCACCCACACGCCCAUCCGGCCGGCAUGCCGAUGGUCCUGCCGUCUUUCUAUGCGGAAAUGCCGGGCAUGGGUCGUGCGGGCAUGGCCGGUGGCGGCUCUCCCCAUCGCGUCGGCGGCCACCACGGCAACCACCACGGCAACCAUCGCGACCAGGGCAACAGCGGGAAUGCCCAGGGCCAGCAGGCUGUUGGCAGUGCCUCGGCCCCGGGCCCGGGCCCGGGCCCGGCCCAGUCCCCGGGCUCUGGCUGA